AUGUGGCUCGGGCGGUACUCCCGGUGGGGCUGCGGGUGCCUUACAAAUCCCAGCCUUUCCAUAGCUCGCAGCGGCGGGCGAGGCACCGGUUGCCCUGUAUCCGGUAGGCGUCUCAGUUUUCUCCACAAACGCUCCCGAAAAAGGCGGGGAGAGAGGCAACCUGAAGCCCCGUGGGAGCAGCUCGACAGCCCGAAGCUGCCCGCGGGGAGCCGUGCAGCGCCGUGGCGGCUUUUCCGGGGCUCCGCCGUUCCCUCGGUUACCCAGUCGCGCUCCUGCAGCAGCACCGACCAUGCGGGCGAGGAGUGCGGCGAAGUAGCCCUGGCCGCCUGUCAGAGGCGGUGUUUCCUCCGAGGAGGCGGAGAAGAGGACAGGCAGACCUGGGCUUCUUACCUACGAGGGGACCACCCGGCCUUCGGGCCUCUCGGGGUGGCGCUGAAGAAGAACCUGGCCGCUCAGUGGUGGGAGGCCGUGGUGGUCUUUCGGGAGCAAGUGCUGGGCGUGGAGGGCCCGGCUCGACUCGAGCCCGCUGCUGACCAAGGACCCCUGGGGGAAUCUCUGCGUCUGGUGCAUCCGCGCACCGUCGGGGAGACCUUGUUGCAGGAGGCCGGAUCGGAUGGAGAGCAGCAGCUCGCCGCCUUGCAGAAAAUGCUAGCCCGGUCUGGGAUGCUCCGGGACAACCUCCUUCACGGUGCUUUAGAGCAUUAUAUUGAUUGUCUGGAGUUGGUAAACCAGAGACUGCCUUUUGGAAUUGCGCAAAUAGGAGUAUGUUUUCAUCCAAAUGACAAAAAUCCUAUGAGAACAGGUGAAAGGACAAUGGCGUCCCUUGUUUGGUACAGCUCUGCCAGAACAGCUGGACAGUGGCUUGGCUAUUGGUUACGUCAGCGACUCCAGUGGUGGAGAAAGUUUGCCAUAAGCCCAUCUAACUUCAGCAGUGCCACUCACAAUGAAGAAGGAAGAAGAGGAAACAAUCUGUAUUAUAAUUUUCCCUGGGGGAAGGAAACAAUAGAAACUCUGCAGAUGCUAGGAGACAAUGAACUAUUACAAAUGUAUCCAGGAAAUGUAUCAAGAUUGUAUGGUCGAGAUGGGCGAAAGAAUGUUGUUCCUCAUGUACUCUCUGUGAACGGCAAUUUGGACAGUGGAGUAUUAGCGUACCUCUAUGAUAGCAUGCAAGUAUCGGAAAAUGGUUUGACCAAAAAGAAAGCUCUGCAAAGACAGGUGAUUCAUAUUCCUCAAUUGAAUUAAAUCAAUAAAGUGUUGUUUUUUUCAAAGGUGUGCCAAGAGUUGUUCAAAGAAUUGUUACAAAAUGAGAUUUCUGUUUGGCCUGGCUAUCUUGAAACCAUGCAAUCUUCUUUGGAGCAGCUCUAUACAAAGUAUGAUGAAAUGGGUGUGCUUUUCACAAUCCUGAUCAGUGAUGCCACACUAGAGAAUGGGUUGGUGCAAUUGCGAAGCAGAGAUACCACUUUGAAAGAAACGAUGCAUAUAUCUAGAUUAAAGGACUUUUUAAUCAAAUAUAUGUCUUCAGCUAAAAAUACUUGAUUUUUUAAAAAAUAAAGGCAACUUUGAACCUUU